GAUUGCUACAUGUAUGACAUUGAAAAAUGGCGUCCUACACGCAUUCUCCGAGUAAUCGUGCAAACCAGAAAUCAAGAAGCCUUUCAAAUAUACGGAUGGACUACAACAAUGGUUCGUCUAGGUCUUCCUCUCUCAAUGACGUCCGAGAAAAAGUUCCAAUUAUCCAUGCUACACAAAUUGUAGACUUACUAAGAAGAGAAACCGUCUAUAUAUCUGGUGGAAAGACUAGGAGAGGUGGAUCAAUUAUUUCAAUUAGGAUUCAGAAUGAUGAAUCAUUACAUGAUGUAGCUACCUGCCUAUUAUACUUAACUAGUAUUACAAGCAAGGAAAGUAAGCAGACUGAGUUUACAGUUCUUGUGGACUUGACAAGGUCACCAUUCCAACAUUUGCACUCAAUUUUAGAAAUUUUACAGAAAUCAAUUGGUCAGCAAAUCCACAGAGUUUGUGUAGUACUGCCUGAUGCAUUUAAGGAGGGGACUAGAGAAAGCCUGAUAUAUUACAAGACGCAGUUCAAUUUUGAGACAGUAUUAGUGCCAAAUGUAUCAAAGAUUUCAAAAUUUGUUGACAAGGACCAAUUAACAAAGGAGUUUGGAGGAACAUUGCUAUAUGAUCACCAAGAUUGGCUUCAAUUAAGACUGGAUUAUGAAAGCUUUUUGAAAGAUGUCUCCACACUGCUUCAAAGAUUAGACAGGGUUACACAUGAGGUACACAGACAGGAAAACAAAUCAAUGGAAAAGGCAAUGAGAGAUCGUCAGAGAUGGGAUGAUGUUGUCUUUAACCAACCAUCUGUUAUAUUUCAACACGGUACGUACAUUAUACAGAAGUUAAGAAAAAACAGAAGCUCAAGAUCGAAGCCAGCAUUGCAACUAAGUGAAUAUGAGAUGCUGAUGUUAAAUCAGGUGCAGAGGUUGCUGAAUGAGAUAGAAGAUAAACAGGGUGACUUAAAAGGCUUCCUCACCGAAGGUAAAAGAGAACAUCAUGCACCGAUGGAAGUACAGGAAUUGGAAAGUGGUAUCAAAAAAGUGGUUGAUUGGAUUAUUGGACCAGGUGAGAAGUUGCUAGCUUCACAAACGUCCAUUGGUGACAAUCUUCAGUCAGCUGACCAGCUUAGAAGAGACCAUGAAAAAAUGGAGUUAAAAUGUACUGAAACGUAUGCAACCUAUGCUGAGCUACGUUAUGUUGCUAAUAGUAUGAUAAAAUAUGGCGGACUGUCGUCGGAAAGUGUUGCAGCUCAAAAAGACAAUAUGGACACUGUUUGCAGGAACUUUGCCAGUCGACUUGAAAAACGAAGAAAUCUGCUUAUCUGUUCUGUGUGUUUUCACCGUGCCUUAGAAAAUAGUACCCAUAGUCUUGAGGAUUUAAUUGAGACGUUUCGAGGAGACGUAUCAGCAGAUACCACUGAUAUGGUGAAACAAGUUCUUACAAAUAUUGAUGAAAACUGCCAUGCUGUUGCAUUGUCCAUUGAACAGACUGAGAGGGAGGGGGACAGGUUACUAGAUUUGCUGAGUAGUCCCAUACGGAAUGCAUUUGGUAAGGACAUCACACCGAAUUGUGAGAAUCAGAAAAGUCAUGUGACUACUUCUAUCCAUGAAAUAAACAAACAGAAAAAACAAGUCAAUGAGUUGGCAGAUUUAUGGAAACUGAAGUUACAACAAAUUUUACAGCUCCGAACUUGUGAAGAAGAUGCAGUUCAGGGAAUAGUAUGGCUAGAAGAGUUGUGUGAUGUUGUGACAAGGUCCCAUGCAGAUAUUGGAAGUACGGCCAUUGAGGCAGAACAGCGAAAAAAAGAUCAUUCUAACUUAGAAAUAACGGCAGAGAGAACCUAUAAUUAUAGUAAGCAGUUAUUGAAUGCUGGUCUGAUGAUAAGACGGUCCCUGGGGUAUGACACUGUUCCCAAUGAUUCCUUUGUUCAGAGGCUUCAUCUUGCUUGGAAAAGCUUUGUAAAAGAAAGUGAGGAGAAGGCCUCAAGACUCUCUGUGUCACUUAUGUUUAAUAACAAUGCAGAAAGAUUGGGUCGUGAGAUUGAUGAUUUUUCUGCAGUUGUGAGAGAUGGUUUUAAUGAUGACAACUUUUCAGAGAGGAAUUUGCAUUAUUAUAGAACCAAGCAAGAUUCUAUACACAAGAAAUAUGUAGACACAGUUGCAAUGGGUGAAGCAUUGCUGGAUAGGUUGGCAGUGCCUUCAUCCUCACCUUACAGAUUGGUAGAAUCACAUGAAACAAACCAGAAUCUUGGUCAUGACAAUGCUAUAAUCAAUCAAAAACUAGUGGAACUGAAAAUUACAAAAUUAGAGAUGGAUUUAUUAUUGGCAGGACCAGAAGAAGAGGAUGAAAUUCUAAAGAAAAUUAAAGAUCUAUCUACACACCAAGUACCAGGACCAAACAUGGGUUCAUCUUCUUCCAUUCUGGAUUCUAAUCUUGGGCAUGUUAGACCAACCUUAUGGAAAGACGCUCAGCAAACAGUUUCUCCAUACCCUGCAGAUAAAUUUGAAGAAUACGAUCAGUUUAAUCGAACAGAUAUCCCUGUAGAAGAACCUGUAAUUGCUAAAACCACUGCAGAGGCACAAAACACAGCAGCUGUGCCUAGAGAUUUUAGACCUGUUGACAGUUCAAACCAUGAACAUGAGGCAAUGAGGACACUGAAAAAUUUUGAAGCUCAAAUAGAUGAGUCAACAGAAUGGGUUCGUAUCAAAGUUCACGAGAUGACACCUCGGAUGACGGAAGUUGGACAGAACAGAGAAGAAGCCCUCCACCUCAAAGCACAGCACAAUAAAUUAGUAGAACAAAUAGCAGCACGACAGCAACAGAUUAAUGCUUUACUAACCCAAGGAGACCACUUAGUAUCUACCGAGCAAUUCUAUAGUGAUGUAUAUGAAGCUAUGUCUCAGUCCUUAGGUGAGGCCUGGCAGGAUCUCAACAGACAGCUUCAAGAUAGGCGUAACUUACUGGAUGAGGCCACCGACUUCUACCAGCUCUCUGAGAAUUUUUCUGAUAAAUUAAGACGGGCAUCAGAAGAAUGCAAAAGCCAAGAGCUGGACGUAGGUUGUGAGGAAGCUGAAGCAAAAUUGAAUAACCACCAGGCUUUAAAGAAAGAUAUUCUAGCAACAUCAAUGAAGACAAUGAAUCUAGGCCGAGCGUUGACGCAGAAUCUGAAUGAGUUAACCCCUGUUUCCAGCCCAGUAGAAGACAGACAGGCCACCACCGCGGUGUGCUUUGCUAUUGAGAGCAACCUUGAAUCUCUACAGGACAGGAGACGUGCCUUGGAGGAUGCUUGGAAUAAACGCCGACAAGACCUGGAACAAAAUGUUAUCUUAUGUAAACUAAACAAAGAAGUUGACGAGGUUUCUGAUUGGUUCACGUCUCACGGGGAUAUUCAUCUUGAUGUUGGAGACAGUAUUGAAACUACCCGUGCACGACUCGCGGACCAUAAAAAGUUACAGGAAACUUUCACGGAGGUUAAGACGAAGGUGUCCAACAUGAACAUUGAGGCUGUCAAAGUAUCCUCCUCAACACAACACAAACUACAAUUACUUUUGACCCAGACCAGAGGCAUUAACACUUUAUGUGAUGACUUUGGUGAGAAGCUUAAUAAUUGGCAUCAGAUACUUGCAUGUACUCUUGACUUUAGAGUAAAUACUCAGAUGGCUAUGGAGACCUUGUAUAAACUAGAGAUUGAGAUUCAGAAUGUGAAUAAACCAAGUGAAGAACUACCAACAUACCUGAGUUCCUUACACCAUGCUGUUGACCCUGUAGUCAAAGAAGGUCAAGUGCUAUUGAGCAUGCUUACCUACCCAACACCUGGAGCCAACUAUAUUCAAAUUAGUAUUGAGAAACUCCAGGUGGAGGCAAGCCGAAUUGAAAACCAAUAUUAUUCUGAACUCUACCAUGAGACCAGUGUAUUGACUGAUUUUGAAGAGAAGUACUCCGUAGUUGUAAAGUGGUUGAGGAAUGUUGGUGACAACUACUUAGCUUCUUACAAUGACCCAGGGGACCAGCUUGCUACGGCCAUGGACUUCCUUGAAGGCCAUGAGCAGUUAGAUGAUGACAUGCGAGAAAAAACUAAAGAAGUCGAAAAGGUUUUGAAUGCCACUGCUGAUAUCAUAACUUCUGGAGUUCCAGACUCGACUUCCGUUCAAGAACGAGCUGAUAAACUUCGUCAGCAGUGGACUAGGAUUACGAUAUCCGUUGAAAAUAGAAUUCGAAUUGCCUUGAUACUUGUCAAAUUCCAUAAACUUACAAAAGAGUUGGUGAAUUCAAUGGAAAACCUUGAAACAAUGCUGAAAGCAGUAGACAGUGAUGGCCAACCACAGUCUUCAUCGCAAGGGAGACUACAAGAACGUUGGGAACAUAUGAUUGAAUUAUAUGUCCAGACGGAGUGUAAAGGAAAGAACUAUCUGUCAGAAGCUAACUUUAUAAGUGAUGAUCCCUUGAUAGUUCUGCAGCCAUCAAUUAGCAUGGUGGAAAUCAAACUGAAGAAGUAUGAAGAACACAAAAAUAAACUAACAGACAUGUAUGACUCAUGGCAGUUACAGCAAACAUUGAGUAAAGACUUUGCCAGUCAGUGGGAACAGUUUGUCAGUGAUGCAAAACAAACAAUCAAAUGGGUUGAGAAAGUUGAGGCUGAUUUCUUUCCCAUAAGUGAGCUAGAUGGAGGACUACAAGAUACAGACUCACUUCAAGCUAAAUUUGACCAAAUACAAUUAACUAUGCAAGUAAGUAACAACGCAGGAUUUGAUUAA